UUGUCGCAUUCGUUGUGCACUAGGUGUCAUUCGCAUAAUAAGGGUCAAGUUAACAAUCACCCCAAUGUGUAGGUCUAGUCUGUUUUGUUGAGUGUGGUUAAAAGGGGAAAACCCCUUAGGGCUCGCGCUUUGUGGACCCGCUGCGAUGCGGGCUAUUUAUGUCAUGGUAUGGCUGGGUUAUUGCUAGUCGCGGGAAUUCCCCUGGAACUGUAGCUAGCGGUGCGGAGCAAUUCUCAUGAUUGAUUCAUUGGGUUAUGUUCAUCCUCGUCUGUCUGGAUCCAGGCAGACAGUUCUCCAUUAUCGGAUUACAGGUGGUUCGGAGUGGCGGCUGGUUCACUUCAAACAUGAAUAACCCUCGAGUUGGUGCGAGUGGGAAUGCCACGGUGUGCAUGCUCAGUAAAUAUAUUUCUGACCUGAAUGUGACUGUGACCGAUGGUGGAUUUUCAGCCCAACCUCUAUGCACCGAGGGGUUUGCUUUCCUGUGGGGCGGAGUCAAGGCAACCCACGGCGUGAACAAAGGAAAAGUCUGCUUCCAAGUCAAGUUGGAGAAACAUCUUGACGUUCGCCAUCUUCCCCCAGAUGAAACCUCCCCUCAUAUCAUUCGCGUUGGGUGGUCCACGGAUGCUGCUUCUUUGCAGUUGGGUGAGGAUGAGUUUUCCUACGGCUACGGGGGCACAGCUAAAUUCUCUACCAGGGGAACAUUUCGCGACUAUGGUGUGACAUUCAGAGCAGGAGAUGUGAUCACAGCAUGUCUGGACUACGAUAGCGACAAGCCAAUUUUCUCCUAUUGGAAGAACAGAGAGUACAUUGGGCCUGUGGUAGAUGUUGUUGACAGCUUAGCAGGCAAAGCACUGUUCCCGCACUUACUGUUGAAGAACACGGCCGUAACUGUCAACUUCGGUCAGCGGGCCCAGCCUUACAUCCCAGUACCCGCGGGCUUCACCCUUAUUGGUGCUCUUCCCGUUGGUGACCGUGUACCUGGCCCUCUCGCCCCAGCUACAAAAGCCGGAUGUGAGAUUCUGAUGAUGAUUGGACUGCCUGGCGCUGGCAAGAGUGUAUGGGUGGAGAAAUAUCGCAGGGAACACCCAGAGAAAAAAUACUACAUACUGGGCACAAAUAGCAUCAUGGAUAAAAUGAAGGUAAUGGGCCUACGGCGCGACCGUAACUACAAUGAGCGCUGGGAAAAGUUAUUUCAGACUGCGAAUGACUGCUUGAAUCGGUUCUUUGAAAAAGCAGCGAGCCACAAUCGCAACUUCAUCCUUGAUCAGACCAACGUGUACUCCUCUGCCAGAGAGCGGAAAAUGCGUCCGUUCCAGGGGUUCGUCCGCAAGGCGAUCGUGGUGGUACCGACCGAUGAGGAAUACCGCUCGCGCAUUACGAAGCGCAGUUUGGAGGAAGGCAAGAUGGUGCCAGAUCGUGAUGUGCUGAAAAUGAAAGCCAACUUCCGGCUACCAGUUGAAGGGAGCUUGUUCCGUCAAGUCAUCUUCGUGGAGCUGGGCAGGGCGGCCGCUGAGCAGCUGGUCAGGCGAUACAACAGGGACGGUGCUCAAGCGAAGUAUUCCUGGGAUCCUUGGGAUUAAAGAUGAAGGUGAAGAGGCUGCUGGAAAUUUGGUAGUGACCAUGGGCGUCAAUCCUGAGGAGGAAGGGACAGGGGGACAUGCCCCCUCCCUCACUUUUUG